AUGGUCGAUCAAUUCGAAAAUCCCUUUGGAGGAAAUUAUCCCAUAUACAAGGCGGGCCGCUUGCCUGGGAUUGAAAACAACCCAAUUGUAUCCUCCUACAUUGCAUCCCAGGAUAUGGUAUGGAUGAAGGCUAAAGACAACGCAUUGAUCGUGAAUUUGCUUGAACCUGAUUCUGGCUACACCCUUCACGAUGAUGAGCCCUUACCAGCCACCAAGGACGAUGCUCUCCCCGUCUACGAGAUCGACGAAACCACCGGAUAA